GCCGACCUUCGCACACGUCGGCUGCGCCAUGAAACACAUUUUCGUCUGCGGGACUGCAUCAAGAGAAGAAGGGCCAGCUUUUGACGGAUGAAACACACGGCAGCGGCGCGACGGGUCCGUGUCCAAGUUGCGGCUAUGGAGGGCAGCGGAGAGGGUGGACGUGCGGUGUUGACGCCUCUUGAGCUGCAGGCCGUGGCGCCGGCCGUGUCUACCGUUGUUCUUCGAUGUCAGCAGGAGAGGGCGCUGGGACGACUGAAGGAGCAGUUGCGCACGCGUAGACGGAGGACAUUGAUGCAAGCUCCAAACGAUGGCCCCGAUUACGUGGCAACCUCGAAGGUUGUUGUUCAGUUGUGCUAUGCAUUGGGUUGCGGAGUGAUUCCUCGAGCGACGUCGAGGUGGUGGAUGAAGCGCAGGACAGGAGGCACUUGGGAAGACCUUAGGCAAUGCGACGAUGCGACAGACGAAUACUUCCGGGAGAAGCUACGCAUGUCACCACGAGUGUUCUCGGAAAUCGUGGAGGCGUGUGCGCCUCAUCUUCAGCGGUCGGUGACGUUCUACAGAGAGCCUUUGCAGCCAAACCAGAUUGCGGCGUACACACUGUACAGAUGGGCAUCGGGGGAGACGUACAGGAACAUCACGUGCAACUUCGGGAUUGGCAGAGCUUCUGGCCUGGUUGCCGUUCGCGACAUUACUGCUGCGCUGCUCCGGGUGUACGGAGAGAAGAUUGCCUGGCCGGCUGGAGUUCGUAAACUCGUCGUUUUGCGGGCGUUCGCUGAUAAAGGGUUCCCCAAUUGCCACGAUUACAUUGAUUGUACUCACAUCUACGUGGACAAGCCGGUGAACGCACCGAGCAAAAACUACUAUGACAGGAAGCGUCGUUUCUCCAUCGUCACGAAGGUUGUCGUCGACCUGGACUUGCGUGUGCUCGAUGUGCACAUGGGAUACCCGGGUAGCUGCCAUGACAUCAGGGUACUCCAGUUGUUCAACCUGUGGCAGCGCGUGGAGUUGGGGUCGUUGUUCCGUGGUCCCCUUGUGACACUACCGUUCGGUGUGCAGACGGACAGGUAUAUCCUGGCGGACAAUGGCUACCCCCCUUUCGAAUGGAUGAUCAUCCCGUAUGGAGGCGUCAAUCAUGACGUCGACGAGGAGCAGUUUGACAACAAGCAGAAGGUGGCGAGGGGAGCGGUGGAGAGGGCAUUCGGCAGGCUGAAGGGCAUGUCGCGGUUGUUUCUGCGGAUGCACAAGACCAACCUGGACAUGCUCUCGCAACAUUUCACCGCCGUUUGUAUACUGCACAACAUAUUGAUCGACACUGGAAUUCCGUUUGACGAGAAUCUGCUAUGGGAGGUUGACGCUAAUGGUGUGCGACAACGCGUGAACCUGCGGAUCGAAGAGCCCCUUCAGCCUGUGUCGAUGAUUACGUCGAUAGACGAAGCGUUGGCCCUGCGGGAUGCUUUAGCGAAACGAAUAAAACACGAUUGAGUCAUGUUCACAUGGUGGACGGAAGCGCGUGGAAGUGUAGUCAUUGCAGCAUUGGCAAGAGGGAAGA